GGGAGACUGAUAAGAACGCUGUAAGUCGCUGACCGAGAUGUCGCUGGGUGUGUUGGUGGUCGUACACACAAGUAGUAGCGUUAAAAUGUGUUCCGGUUAGGUGGGGGGCCUUUAGUCAGCAUCUCGAACUCGUACCGCUCGGACCGCGCGCCAGGUUCGUUCGCCAGCACAAAAGGUCGCGCGUGGUUGAGUGCUACAGUUGAUAAAGCACCGGGCGAAGGAUCGGAUCCAUGCCGGGAGCGCCUCGGAGGAUUCGGAUUGUGUGUGUUUGCCGUCUUGUUUGCGCUACGCUUUUCUCCGCACAGUGUUGCUGUUCCGUCCAAUAUUAUUAACUUCUGUGUGACCGAGAGGGAGAGAGAGAGCGUUUAGAGUUAGACGAGCGACAAACGACGAAAAUGCAAAAGAAAUCGAAUCAGUGAAAGCGGGAGUGUGAGAGCAAGAAAAGAUUAGAACAAAGAGGCCAUCUUGGUAGUGAGUGAUCGGUAGUAGAUCGGUGGAUCAUUGCUACGUGUGUGUGUGCAUUUUGUGCUAACUCUUGUUCCAACGUGUGCUUGUGUGUGUGUGUGUUUCAUGGUGAAUGCAAAUAAGCCGCAACUUGCUAACAGCCCGGAAUGAGUAGUAAUUAACACGUUAAGAUAACGCUUCCAGUGUUGUGACAGUGUCGUAGUGUCCUCUGGCUGUCUCGACACCGGCUUUAACCCAAAGAAAGCACAUCUAACCUUAAAUGACAUAAAAAAUAUAAAAGCAAAAAGCAACCAGCGUCGCGACAAAACACACGGCACAACAAUGCUAAUCAACAAAGAAACCAUCCCGUACAGGAUGGGCCUGCAGCCCUUCUACUACUACCAAUCGUCACCGCCGGUGCAGAAUGAGCGGCUCGGCGGCUACCACCCGAUAACGCCCCCGUACCACCAUCCGUACGACUUUAUCCUGCCGAUGCAAUCGUCGCCACCGGGCUCGAUGCCGGCCAGCGCAACGGUAGCGGCGGUAGCGGCCGCCGCCACCGCCGGUGUACCCGUGCCGACCGAUCGUCUUCGGUCGCCGGCCUCAUCAACCGGCUCGUCGCCUACGUCUGUCGGCUCAUCGCCACUGUACUUCUACCUGAACGGGCGCAACACCGGCACGGAGGGAGCUGCCGUGUCGGGAAAGGAUCAACUUGCGGCAGGGCCGCUUUCACCACCCCACACACCACCAUUGCGCGAUCGCUCGCCCUGCCCACUGUCGGGUCGGGGUGAAGUGCUCGGUACCGGCAGUACGGCAGCGCAGCGCAACUCCGUCAUUAUGAAGGUGCAGAAUCAGCAGGUCGUCCCGAUGCAGGGCGAAACCGACGCGAGCAGCUCGCAGUCCGAGCCGGACACGGUGGAGGAGUUUGUCUGCCGCUGGGAAAACUGUUACUGCGUGUUCUUCAAGCUGGAGGAUCUGGCAAGUCACGUUACGCAGAAGCACGCCGUCAUCGGGCUGGACGGUUUGUACUACUGCCGCUGGGAGCGCUGCCUGCGCCAGGACCGUGGCUUCAACGCGCGCUACAAGAUGCUGGUGCACGUGCGCACCCACACGAAGGAGAAGCCGCACCAGUGCGGCAAGUGUGGCAAGUGUUUUUCGCGCGCGGAAAAUCUGAAAAUUCACCUCCGCUCACACUCGGGCGAAAAGCCGUACGUCUGCCCGGUGGAGGGAUGCAACAAAGCGUACUCGAACUCUUCCGAUCGGUUCAAGCACACCCGAACGCACUCGAACGACAAACCGUACGUGUGCAAGGUGCCGGGCUGCAACAAGCGCUACACCGAUCCGUCCUCGCUGCGCAAGCACGUCAAAACGUUCAAGCACGCGAACCUGGACGGCUGCUCGCCCCUGCGGCUGCCGGAUGUGUGCUGCAUGGAGUACGAAAGCUACUCCCAGGACAGUACGCCCCGCUCGGAUGCGACCGGUUCCUAUCCGGACUACGAUUCCGAGGACGACGGUGGUGCGCUGAUCGAUGUGGUGUGCUGCGACGAGGAGGCCCGGCUCUAUCCCGAGUACGGGCCGCAACGUUUGGCGGGCUGCGAGCAUCCCGGGUGCUGUCAGCAGUUUAAGCACGGUGCCAGCUACUGGGGCUUGAUGGAACAGGCGGACGAUUCCCGGCGCCAGCUGAUGGAUGGCGAGCAGCUCGAACCGUGGGACAACGGCAACGGUACGGCAUCGCGCGAAGACGACGCACGGUGCGGGGAAGGUGUCGUCGUCGUCGGUGCUGCCGGGGCGGGUGAGCGUCCGGAGGUGCCGAGGCUGCUCAAGAUGGACGUGGAAGAUGGUCCGCUCGAUCUCAGUGUACAUCACCGAUGAAAGUAUGCAAUUGAGGAGAUGUUGUUUGGUUUUUUUAUUUCGUUGUUUUAAAAGAGGUGCGCGUAGUAAGCGUAACUUAUCCCCAUAACCUUACUUUCCCGUGCUCCCUUUUCCCUAUCCUGUCCCACACCACCUUCCCUUUGUUUCUGCAUUGAAACAAACAUUUUUAACUGUGUUCUGCAACGCAACUGAUGGAUUUUGUAGUCUGUAAGGAAACAAGUUUUUUUUAUUAUUAUUAUUACUUUAAUAUUUUACACACAACAUGCAAGCAAAUAAGCAAACAAGCAAGCAAACAAAACAUAUCUAUAACAAAACGUUUAUCUUUAUUGUGUAAUGCCGCAAGCGAGCAAAACUAACAAAAACUACAUGUUUAGCUGUAACGAUACGAUCGAACACUAGUGCAAUGUGCUGCGAAUGUUUUAAACUUCAUAUGGCGGGCGGGCAGCUCCCCACAACAACAACACACACAAUAAAAUGGUGCAAGUGUAGGUUUAGUAGGCUAGAACAAUAAUGCUAGAAGGAUUUGUGAUUUUGAUGGCAAGAGAGAUGGAAGAAGCGAGAAAGAGGAAAUGGAGAAGAAGAAAUAAGAAGCAGAAAAAGAUGAUCAAGAAAGAAGAAGAAAGCUGAACAAUAGAAGUAAAGGGGAAAGAAGUAAAAAGGAAAAGAAAAAGGAAAUAGAAGAAGUACGAAGAACACAGAAAAAGGAGAUAUAGGAAGAAGAAAGAUGACGAAAUAAGAAGAAGGAAGCAGAAGAAAAAGCAGUACAAGAAGACGGAAUAAGAAGAAGAAUGAGAAGAAAGUAGAAGAAGAUGAAAUAAGAAGAAGAAACAAAGAAUAGGAGAAUGGGAAGAAAGAAGAAGAAAGAAGAAGAAAGAAGAAGAAAGAAGAAGAAAGAAGAAGAAAGAAGAAGAAAGAAGAAGAAAGAAGCAAGAAGAAGCAAGAAGAAGCAAGAAGAAGAAAGAAGAAGGAAGAAGAAGAAAGAAGAAGAAAGAAGAAGAAAGAAGAAGAAAGAAGAAGAAAGAAGAAAAAAGAAGAAGAAAGAAGAAGAAAGAAGAAGAAAGAAGAAGAAAGAAGAAGAAAGACGAAGAAAGAAGAAGAAAGAAGAAGAAAGAAGAAAUAAGAAGAAAGAAGAAGAAAGAAGAAGAAAGAAGAAGAAAGAAGAAGAAAGAAGAAAGAAGAAGAAAGAAGAAGAAAGAAUGAGAAAGAAUAAGAAGAAGAAACAAGAAGAGAGAAAGAAAGGAGUACAUAACAUUUCUUUCUCCUUUUAUUCUAUUCUUUUUAUUGAAUGAGACAGAAAACACGAAUGUCGAAAAGGACAAAGCUUAAGAGCAAGAAUAGAACAGCACGAGAAUAGGUGUUACUAAUGGAGGAGAACAUUAAAACAGAAAAAAAGAGUAAAGAAAGAGAGCGUGUUUGUGUGCGAGAGAGUGACAGUACAAUUAUAGAAAAACAAACAAACGGAACAACACUCUGUGGUGUGUAUUGAAACUCAACUUCUUUUAACUAAUGCAGUGCAACACGAAAACAAAUACUUACUUGUUACAAUCUUUAACCCAUUUAUGUGGUGUGGUUGAAUAAAGCAAACCAAAAGCAACAA